CCAUGGAUUGCUCGGGGAACCUUUACGUGAACCAGUGUCAAUUUCUUCGUGCCUGGCUAUCGCUCGCGACGGACUGUCGCUAACAGGCAGAGGUACCCCAUGAACAGCAAAAGAAUCGGAGUAGCCGGCUCGGAAGAAGAAAAAGCUGGGGUUGGUUGGGGUUGGGGUUGUUGGUCGAGGGAUAGAACAUUUUUCCCCGCUCGUGGACGGAUCUCUCUCACGGAGCUAAUUGCUGCAAACAUCCAGGAUCAGCUGGUUCUUUCCUCACGUCAAGCCUCUCCGUCUGGUUUCCCAAUCUCCCAGCCCUCAGGGGACAUUGCAUCCUUGGUUCCUUGGCAUGAGAUGGGAUGAGCUCACUUGGUAUAAAGCUUCGAGCUACCCCUCCUUCGCUCAUUCUUCCUCCGAGCAGUUGCGACCCAGCUUUUUAUCUGGUGUGAGAAACUCAAUUGACCGUUCUUGAGCUUAACGGACCUUCGCGAUGCGUUCUUCGAUUGUAGCAGCAAUUGCUUUGAGCAUUUCUCCUGCUCUGGCAGGUUUGAUGCCACGCCAGAUUCCAGGUGAAGUUCUUACUGGAACCGUGGGCAACGACACCAUUGCGGGCGAUUCUUGUGGUCCUAAUCCAGAUGGCAAAUACACUAUCUAUGGAACCAACAUAAGGGCAAAUUUCAUCCCGUACGGCGCAUCGAUCUCUAAUCUCUUCCUGAACGACACAUCUGGAAUCGAGCGAGACGUCGUGGGUGGCUUCGACAACGCAAGCUAUUACUCCAUUGAUAGACAACAUCCUCACUUCGGAGGGAUACCGGGCAGAUACGCAAACCGGAUCAAGAAUUCUACUUUCGAGAUCGAUGGGACGACCUAUCAUGUUUUGCCGAAUGAGAAUCCAACCCCGGAGGCGCCGCUGGGAGCUGAUACUUUGCAUGGUGGACCGGAUGGAUGGGACUGGAGAAAUUGGACAGUGGUUGCGCACACCAUGGACAGCAUCACAUUCAGCUUGACAGACCCAGACGGAAUGGAAGGAUUCCCAGGUGAAGUAGUAGCCUAUGUUACAUACACUCUUGGAAAUAUGACCUGGGACUUCAAGAUGGUAGCCAUCGCCACGACAAAGAAGACACCAAUCAUGCUUUCAUCUCAUACUUACUGGAACCUCGAUGGAUUCGCCAACAACGAAACAGCGCUUGCAUUGAACCACUCCCUCUGGCUACCAUAUGGAGGCCAACGAGUCGGCGCAGACAACAUCCUCAUCCCCACUGGCGACAUCCUCGCUAAUCAACAAGGUGGAUUGAACGAUUUCUGGAGCACACCUAAGCAGAUUGGUGCUAACUUCACGAACCCUGAUCUAAACGGAAACUGCGGGUUCAACUGCACCGGUUAUGAUACAUGCUACCUCACGAACCGCGACCAACUCGGACCCUACGACUGGCGCGAAAAGGGCCCCGUAGCGCGCCUCCGCUCCGCCUGGUCCGGCAUCCAAGUCGACGUCUUCACAGACCAAGAAGCGUUCCAGAUCUACUCGUGUGGCGGCCAGAACGGCUCCAUGGCGUUGAAGGAAACACAAGGGCUGUUCAAUGUCUCGGAUCGACCGCGCACGAUUCCGCAAUAUGGCUGUAUUGUGAUGGAGGUUGAGGAUUGGAUUGAUGGGAUUAAUCAGCCGGAGUGGGGCCGCAAGCAGAUCUUUGGGCCAGGCGAUGAGCCGUAUGUCUUGCAGGCCAGUUAUCAAUUCAGUUUGAAUAGUACGGCGGUUGGGUUGUUGGGAGUGGGCAGCGGGUAGAGAGGGUGGCAAUGUUGUAGAGGAGUGAAUUCCAUGACUCCAAGUAAUCAAUUCAACUUGAUCUGUGC